GUGCAGGGACCAGGAGGAGGAAGCAGGGAAGAGCCGUGACCAGCAGCAAAGACCCUUUCUAAUUCCUCCAUCACCCUGAGCCCAUCUGAAGCCUCUCUCCAUCGUUCCUCACACAGUCCCAGGAUGUGGUGCAGGAAGCUGGUGUGUCUCUUCAAGGUGCCGUGCCAGCUGAGUGGCAGCACUAGACGUGGCUCAACGUGGCUGUCCCGUGACAGAAGGACCGUCCUCACUGCUGCAGCUCGUGGGCAUCACACAGCCCCAGAGUCCCUCAAGUGUGCCUGGCAGAUACAUGGUGACCAUCUAGAGCUCAGGUAUGCAAACACCCUGAUGCGCUUUGAUUUUGUCUGGCUACGGGACCACUGCCGCUCAGCUUCCUGCUACAACACCAAGACCAACCAGCGCAGCUUGGACACGGCUAGUGUGGACCUGGGGAUCAAACCCAAGGCUGUCCGAGUAGAUGAGACCACCCUGUUCCUCACCUGGCCGGACGGGCACGUGACACGAUAUGGGCUGGAGUGGCUGGUGAAGAACAGCUACGAGGGGCAGAAGCAGCAGGUCAUGCACCCCCGGAUUCUCUGGAAUGCAGAAAUCUAUCGCCAAGCCCAGGUCCCAUCCGUGGACUGCCGGAGUUUCCUGGAGACAGACGAGGGGCUGAAAGAGUUCCUGCAAAACUUCUUGUUAUAUGGGAUUGCUUUUGUAGAGAAUGUCACUCCCACCAAAGAGGACACGGAAAUCUUGGCAGAAAGGAUCAGCUUAAUCAGGGAGACCAUUUAUGGCAGGAUGUGGUACUUCACCUCUGACUUCUCUCGGGGUGACACCGCCUACACCAAGUUGGCUCUGGAUCGUCACACGGACACAACCUACUUCCAGGAGCCCUGUGGGUAA